AACGGUAUGGAGGGCAUUUUCGUCAUCCACAACAAAAUUUUUCUGUUUUUUGGCCGCAAUAAACCAGACAUUCGUAGCCGUCUGUCUCUCUCUUCCUCUCUCUUGCAAUCGACGAAACCUGAAAUAUACGUUCCAGGAAUAUCAGAUUUGCUUUCUUUAAACCGGAGAAUGCUGUAUGUGCUAUAAAAAGUUGCUCAAAGUACUGGUCUUUGCCUAGUGCAUGACCUUUUGAGUUGAGUGACUUUACCAAGAUGGUGACCACUCACCGCAGUGGAGUUUCUAAAAAAUCAAAUGACGGUGCCAGGCUUAUUAUAACAACUAUCAUGGGAAUGGUCUUUGGAUAUUUUGUUGGUGUUUCAUUUCCAUCUGUUUCUCUUACGAAGAUUAACUUACCUUCAAGCAUCAUAUCAUCUCUUGAUGAAGCCUUCAGUGACCGUAUGUCUGACAAGGACAACAAUUUACCUGAAACUCUUGCUAAUAGUGACACUGCAAUACCUAAGAUAUAUGUUCCAACAAAUCCUCGCGGUGCUGAGUCAUUACCUCCAGGAAUUGUAGUCUCAAAGACUGACUUUUAUUUGCGAAGAUUGUGGGGUGAACCAAGUGAGGAUCUGAAAAAGAAGCCAAAGUACUUGGUGACAUUCACUGUUGGUUUCGAACAGAAGGAUCUCAUUGAUGCAGCAGUUAAAAAGUUUUCUGAGGAUUUUCAAAUUUUACUUUUCCACUAUGAUGGCCGGACAAGUGAAUGGGAAGAAUUUGAGUGGUCAAAGACCGCGGUUCACAUCAGCGUGAGGAAACAAUCAAAAUGGUGGUAUGCAAAGAGGUUUUUGCAUCCUGAUGUUGUAGCAGCUUAUGAUUACAUUUUUGUUUGGGAUGAAGACCUUGGAGUUGAACACUUCGAUGCUGAGAAGUAUAUUCAGCUAGUGAAGAAACAUGGCUUGGAGAUUUCUCAACCAGGUCUUGAGCCAAACAAUGGACUAACAUGGGAGAUGACAAAGAGGAGAGGUGACAGAGAAGUUCACAAGAAUACAGAAGAGAAACCAGGCUGGUGCAGUGAUCCACAUUUGCCUCCAUGUGCUGCAUUCGUAGAGAUCAUGGCUCCAGUUUUCUCUAGGGAUGCUUGGCGUUGUGUGUGGCAUAUGAUCCAGAAUGAUUUGGUACAUGGAUGGGGAUUGGAUUUUGCCCUCAGAAGAUGUGUAGACCCAGCACAUGAGAAAAUUGGUGUGGUUGACUCACAAUGGAUUGUUCAUCAAGUAAUUCCUUCUCUUGGGAAUCAAGGCAAGGCUGAGAAUGGUAAAGCUCCGUGGCAAGGGGUGAGAGAGAGGUGCAGAAGCGAGUGGGCUCAAUUCCAGGAUCGCCUUGCCAAUGCAGACAAAGCAUUCCUUGCACGAACACAAAGGCGUUAACUUUGACAAUGGUCUCAGCCCCCUCUACCCUGUACAUUACUCUGUUAUCUUCUUCCUUCUUUCUUCUGUCAGAGUAUCCUGAGGAGUGUUCAUCACCCAAUUCCUUCUAGCGUUGUUUUAUUUGUUCUCUAGGGGUGGUAGCCACAUAUUCUGUAGUAGUAGUAGUAGACAUCAACAAUCAGAAAAGAGAGAUAAGUUGCGAGAUUUUUGUGUAUAAAAUACCUUAUCCGUAGUUCAAUGAACUUUUGUGUGCUGUUUGUCAUUCCGGCAAUGCCAUGUUCUUCCAUGAAGAACCCCACCCCUACAUUUGUUUUACUCCCCACUUUCCGGAUGUUUGAAUUUGUAUAUGAAUGCGUCUUCUCUUGAU